AUGGUGAAGAUGGUGGACUUCCUAGAGGCUCACCCAGAGAAGCCGAAGGAGCUCGAGGUCAAGUAUCGGGGUGGGGAUGCUGGUGGAGUACUCGUGCUGCGACGACAAUGGGACCGAUCCCUUGCCUCCAACUGGGACAAUCUCGGAGACUUCUUCACUAAGCUGAAGAAGGCGCGUAACGAGAUCAACCGGAAGAUGAGCACGCUGGUGGGCAAGGAGAUGGUGACCGAGCACUGGCUGUGCAUGGAGGUGCUGGCUCAACUCCCAAGUAUGUUUUGGGGAAGCAGCAUCACCAUGACGGAGGAGGAGUUUACGGUGGAGAACGUUGAAGUUAGCCUUCGGGGUAUCUUUGGAGAUGAGUCGAAGAAGGAGAUCAUGGAUCUCACGAACAAGCGGUGCUCAGUGGUGCUCAACGUGGCAAAGAAGUUCACCAGGAAGAAAAGGACGCAUGAUCAAGCAGAGGCUCGAAGCUCGGGCUGCUACUACUGCUUCGAAGAUGGCCACCGCAAGAAGGAGUGCCCCGUCGUGGCCAAAGAUCGCGAUCCAGAGCGAGCGGGUGGUCCACUGUUCCGCUCGAAAAUCCGGACGGCGCCGAGCACGAAGAAGAAGCGAGUGAUGGCGGUCAAGAAAGGAAAGGCUGCGAAGAAGCCGGAGGCAGCUGGGGACGAGGAAAUGACUCAAACUGAGUCCAAUGAGUACGAAGACAAGCUGAAGAAGGCAAUUGAGGAGACGGACCAGUGUGCGUUCAAGGAGCCGCUUCCCGUGAGUGAUGGCGAUGAGGAGGAGAAGCCAUUCACCCAAAUGGACAUCGACAAUGAGUUGACACAGGGGUAG